AUGCCAUGGGCGCAGAACUUAUGGGAGAAAGUUGAGCAGCAUAGCAAAAAAGGCUUUCUGAACUGGUGUAAAAUUGUAAAAAAAGUAGCCGGUAACAAAGGCGAAGAUGUCGUUAUGUGGAAUAACGAGUAUCUCAGGUCGGUCGAUGAGUUUUUUUGCGAUAUGGUGGCCGAAAUGUCGCAAACUCAUUCGCGUCAACCAUCAACAAAAUGCAAGAGUUUUUCACUCGACUAGAAAGGGCGUGCAUCGAACUCCACCAACCAUUGCCUGAAAUUAAGGAAGAAGGUUUAAGCCUUUACGAAGCUCAGCAAGAAUUAUUGAAAUACGUGAAUAAAUAUGAAGCUGUCGUUAAUGCUAAGAAACUAGCUCUGGAAAAUCUUAACAAAAAACAAAUACAAUUAUGCAAAGAGUUAGACCGGAAAAUACAAAUUGAUUUGAAGUACCCCCCAUUGCCUACCCAAGCACAGUUUGAUAAAUUGGAAGCAGAAAAGUUUGAACGCGAGGAAAAAUUCGUAAAUUUGAAACACGAAAUCACAGAAAUCGUUGAUGAAAUCAAAUACAAACCCAAUAGCGACUUUGAAAGAGAGGUAUUGUCUUCAGAUGAUAUGAUGUUGAGUAACCAGAAUCUAAAAAUGCUGGAGUUUUUCGCCAAGUGUAUGAAAGAGCUCAAACUAUCCACUGAAGAAGAAGUGUCCCAUUUAAGAACAAGAAUUGAAGAUCUAUGGAAAAUGUUGGAUAUCGAGUUAAUAGAUAGAGAUGAAUUUAGAAGUCAUUAUACAGGCAACUCAUUGGAUACUUUGGAAGCGUUAAAAAUUGAAGUAAAAAGAUGCGAGGAGCUUAGAAAAGCCAACAUAAAAAAAUUUGUGGACAAAUUAAGAGACCAACUCCAGACUAUUUGGACAACAUGUCAUUGCUCAGAUGCGGACAAGAAGACUUUUAGGUAUUUUUAUGAUGAUUUUUAUACAGAGGAUUUGCUUGACCUGCAUGAAUUGGAAAUUCAGAAAUGGAAGAAAUAUUACGAAGAUAACGGCAAACUUUUGGAUAUAAUAAAGAAGCACCAGGAAUUGUGGGAUAAGAUGAUACAAUUUGAAGAAAAUGCAACCGGAGUAAAUAGAUUUAAAAAUAGAGGUGGUCAAUUGCUGCAAGAAGAAAAAGAACGCAAUAAACUCUCUAAAGUAAUACCUCAACUGGAAGAACAAAUGUUGAAUCUGUCUGGUGCGUUUUUGGUUAAGAACGGUGUAGUUUUCAAGACUUUUGGUAGCACUGUCGAGGAAUAUAUCCAAAAUUUGCACGAGUCCCGUGAAAACGACCGUAAAACUAAGCUGAGCGCUCGGAAAUUGCAACGUUGUGAAACAACUCUUCGCACUCCAGGUAAAUCUUGUAUGAGCCUAUUUCCACCAUCCACCAGUAAGUGUACUACAGUUACCCCAAAAACGAUUGCGUCCGCUUCCAAAAAGAAGAUAUUUGCCACGCCUACUACGGAGAAUACUGCAAAGAGGCCUAAGGCAACACCUGCGACUGUUGGUUCGAAAACGAGUAAGUAG